AUGCUCAUUCGGCAGCAGCAGGAGCUCAUCCAGGAGCAGAGCAGACAGAUCGAACAGCUCAAGCAGCUCCAGCAUCAUCAAGAGGUGCCAAGGCCGAUGUCGCCGGGCAGGUCGACAACGGCCGUGGUCCACGCGCUGGACGACAUCAUGGACGACCUGAGCCAGCUCAUCGCGGCCGACACCAAGGCCCUGCCCGACACGAUCCUCGACGACCUGCAGAACCUGGAGCUCCGCCCGUUGACGACGGCGACUGCCCUGCAUCAGCAGCAGCGGCGGCCGACGUCGCCGCCGCUGCCGGUCGUGGCCCCCAUGGGGACAGUCCCGACCCGCGCUCGGCCCGUGUCGUCGUACCACCCGCGGGCCAGCGCGAUCACCUCCCCGCCGGCCGUGCAGGCCAUCGGCGCCCCGCCUGGGCGCGCCUCUCCGGGCAUGGCCCACACAGAAAGCGGACCAGACCAAGAGCAGCAGCAGCAGCAGCAGCAGCAGCAGCAGCACUGGACCGGCGCCCUUUUCGGCGCGCAGGCCCACUACGACGCACCGCCGACCAAGACACCGCUGGUACCGCGCGAGGUCAAGGCCCACGAGGGCGCCGCGCUGUCGCUCACCAUGGGCCUGGUGGACGGAUCCACCAAGAAGAUCAUCGUCUCCGACAACUUCACCGUUCAAGACGUGCUCAUUGCCUACGCGAGCAAGCUGGGCCUCUGGCAAGUUGAUUUCUUCAGCCUCGCCGAGUCUCGACCCGGCAAGUCGGAUCGGUGGCUGCACCCAGCGGUCCAGGUGGGCCGCUAUGGCAUCCAGGAGACGAGCAGGCUCGUGCUGAAGAUCAAGUUCUUCAAGCGGCCUCGGUACCUGGUGGACCCGGUCGCGCUGCGUCUGUUCUACCUCCAGAUACAGACCAACGUCGUCGCCGGCGCCUACCCGUGUACCGAGCGCCUGGCCAUCACCCUCGCCGCGCACCAGCUGCAAAUCCAAGAGGGCGACCACCAGCCGCAGAAGCACAAGCCCGGCUGGUUCGGCGGAGUGGACAACCUGCAGAAGUUCGUGCCGCCGGAAGUGACCCUCAAAUAUCCCGUGGACUACAUCGAGGAGCGCAUCUUCCGCUUGCACGCCAAGCUGAUCGGCAAGACCAACCAUGAGGAGCUGUUCAGGGAGUACAUUGAUUUGGCGGCGGCCAUUCCCACGUUCGGCAUCAACCUGUACAACGUGUUCGAUGGCGAGUUCGAGAAGGGCGGCGUGAAGCGGAGGCUGGGUAUCGGCGAAGACGGCAUCAUGCUCACCCGCCGCGCCGAGAAGGGAGCGUACGACUUCUAUCCGUGGACUAGCAUGGGCGGCUGGCUCAAGGCCAGCGACACCGUCUUUCAAGUGAGAGUUGUCGGCCAACCGAUAUUUGCGUUCCACGCGCCGGCCGACUGCGUGUUUGACAUUCUGGAGCUGAUGACGGGCUACUACCUGAUGGCGUUCCACUCCGACCCGGCCGUGCCGGACUUCCCCAUUCCCUACGAGCCCGACUGCCUGCCCCACCCGCGCCUCUUCCUGCCCUACAAGCCGCGCAACCUCCAGAACGCCUACACCCGCAGCUGCCUCGAAAUCCUCAAGCACACCUACGAAGCCGUGUACGCGUUCCACCCCACCACCGACGAUUUCACAUUCCUCAGCAUGGCUAGCAUUCCUAAGGCUCACAUUACUCAACACAUUACUUACAUUCCGCGUUUGCAACUGGAAUGCAAUGGAACGAACAGGUGCAAGGAGUACACGGUGCGGCCGGUGGAGGCCUUCAUGCUGCAGAUGGACGAGACGCUGGACCAGAGCGGCGGCGUGCUCACCAAGAUCGUGAUGCGGCACUGCGACGUGGGCGAGUUCCAGUUCAAGGCGCUGCUCAAGGGUCUCGAGGCCGCGGCCGCCCAGGCCGUCCACGCCCACAACAACAUUCUCAUCCAGGAGCUCGACCUCUCCUCCAACCAGAAUGCGAUCACGGCGCGGCAUGCGCAGUACAUAGGGCAGUUGCUGGGGGCCUGCCCGGUGCUGCGCGUGCUCAACCUGAACGACUGUCGCCUGGGCACCCAGGGCGCCGUCGACCUCGCGGCCGUGCUCACGUCGAACCUCACCCUGCACGAGCUGCACGUCGCCAGCAACCAGAUCAACGACCGGGGCACGGCGGCGCUGGUCAAGGCCCUCAAGGGCAACCAGGCGCUGCACGCCUUCAACUUUGCGGACAACGGGCUGUCGGCCGACGGAGCCAAGCUGCUCGGGGACAUGCUCGAGAAGAAUCCGCACGUCACCACGCUUGCCCUGGGCCUCAACAAGUUCGGCGACCUCGGCAUCAACCACCUCUACCACGGCAUCAAGUGCAACACCACAUUGCUGCGUCUCGAUUUGUGCCGCACGGAGUUCACGGCCAAGGCCGGUAAGCACCUGCUACGCAUUCUCACGGAGAAGCCCAACAUCACGUGCGUCAAGCUGGCGCACAACGACAUCGGCCAGACCGGCGGCCAGAUGCUGGGGGCCUACCUCACUUCCGGCUCGCGGCUGACGGUUCUCGACCUCAGCUACACCAACAUCGGCUCCAAGGCGCUCAAAGCCAUUGGGCGCGGGCUGAGGGAGAACAGGUCGGUCACGACGCUCAAACUGUCGGGCAACGAGUUCGACAAGAAGGGCGCGAUGGCUCUGGCCGAGGCCCUCGAGGCCAACCGCACCCUGCAGCACUUGGCCCUCGCCCGGUGCGGCCUUCCCAAGCCGGCGCUUUGGGUGCUGGUCCAGGCGCUCCGGUCCCGGAACACGACGCUGCAGCGCCUGAACCUGAGCCACAACCCUAUGAACGUUGAGGUGGCCAAGGUGAUGGGCGACGUGCUGGCGUACAACACCAGCCUGCAGACGCUCAACCUGACCGGCUGCCUAUCGUCCGACGGCACCAAGGAGAUCGUCACCGGAAUCGGCGUCAACCGCGCUCUCGUCAAGCUGAACCUGAGCGGGUGCCGAAUGACCAAGGUGGUGUGGACCAGCCUGGCGGAUGCCAUUCUCCAGAACCGCACCCUCGAGCGGCUCCUGUGCAAGGACACGGCCUGCGACGCGCGGCUCUUCGAAGAAGUUCUCAACCAUUGGGACUUGCGGAAGCAUCUGCUCCACGUGAAGGUCCUUCACCUGGGCUCCAACAACAUCACGCCGACCGAUCGCCUGCAAGAGCGGAUCCGCAAUUAUCCGGUCACCAUUCUCUUCUCCUGA